AUGAUUCCCAAUAUGAUUCAACUCAAGACAGCUGCUCUGGUUAUGCUUUUCGCUGGCCAAGCGCUGUCCGGAACCGUUGAAUCCCGACAAGCCUCUGAGAGCAUUGAUGCCAAAUUCAAAGCCCACGGGAAGAAAUACCUGGGAAACAUUGCUGAUCAGGGCACCUUGAACAAGAACCCCAAGACCCCGGCAAUCAUCAAGGCUAACUUCGGUCAACUGACUCCCGAGAACAGCAUGAAGUGGGAUGCUACUGAGCCAAGCCAGGGACAGUUCUCCUUCGCAGGAUCGGACUAUCUGGUCGACUUUGCCGUGACAAACGGGAAGCUGAUCCGUGGCCAUACUCUCGUGUGGCACUCCCAGCUCCCAUCUUGGGUCGAUUCCAUCACGGACAAGACAACCCUAACGGAUGUCAUGAAGAACCACAUCACCACGGUGAUGAAGCAGUACAAGGGCAAAGUCUACGCCUGGGACGUCGUGAAUGAAAUCUUCAACGAGGAUGGUACCCUUCGUGACAGUGUCUUCUCCAGAGUCCUUGGCGAAGACUUUGUUCGGAUCGCCUUCGAAACAGCUCGUGCCGCAGACCCAGAGGCAAAGCUCUACAUCAACGACUACAACCUGGACUCCGCCACCAGCGCUAAAUUGCAGGGUAUGGUCAGCCACGUCAAGAAGUGGAUUGCUGCCGGUAUCCCAAUCGACGGAAUCGGCUCUCAAACCCACCUAAGUGCUGGUGCCGCUCUUAAUGCUCUUGCCAGUGCAGGAACGAAGGAGGUCGCUGUCACCGAGCUUGAUAUUGCUGGCGCCAGCUCUACCGACUACGUAAACGUUGUCAAGGCUUGCCUGGACCAGCCAAAGUGUGUCGGAAUCACCGUUUGGGGAGUUGCUGACCCGGAUUCGUGGCGUGCCGACGAGAGCCCAUUGCUUUUCGACGCCAGCUAUAACCCCAAGGAGGCCUACAGCGCUAUCGCAGAUGCCCUCUAG